AUGCCACGUCCGAAGACCGUGAAAUCGCCGGCCCCCACUCCUCAGCCCUCCACUCCAUCUGACCAGAGGAAGGGGCAUGUGUCAAAAUCGUCGCGGACGCUUGAUGACACUGCAACAACAUCAUACAUACUGGUUAUGGGCUCCACCGGGACAGGCAAAUCUACGGUCGGUAUUUUCAUCAACUUGACGGCCACUGUCGAGUUAUCCAAAACGUUCGAACACAAAUCUCAGCGAAUCGUCAUGGUGGACACGCCUGGAUUCGACGAUACCAUCAAGUCCGACGUAGACGUGCUCACUACAAUUGCGAAUUAUCUCGCACACUUGUAUCGCGAAGGCAUCCAGAUACGCGGCAUAGUGUACAUGCACCGCAUCACGGACAACAGAAUGGGCGGAACAGCACUCAGGAAUUUCCGGAUGUUUGAAGCCAUCUGCGGGCAAUCCGCCAGGCGGAAUGCGAUCAUAGUCCUCAACAUGUGGGACCAGGUGAAGAAGGACGUUGCCGAAGCACGCGAGAAAGAGUUGCGCGAAAGUGACCUCUUUUUCAAAGCUGCGGUGACCGCUGGUGCACGUACAAUGCGUCACUGGGGCAGCAGGGAGUCUGCCAUACCGAUUCUGGACAAUCUCAUCAAUCAACCUCCAGUGGCUUUGGCAAUUCAGCGAGAGAUCGUUGAGGAGCGCAAAGCAAUCCACCUGACGGCAGCCGGGCUGACGCUCCUUGGGGACCUCGCUGCAAAGGAAGCCAAGCAUGACGAGGAAUUGGGUCGUAUACGUGAAGAGAGAGAGGAAGCGAGGUCAAGGAGAGACGUGGACGAGGAAAGAGAUUUAGAAGAGGCGCAGAAGAGGCUAGAAGAUCUGCGACAAAAGCUGGCGGAUGAGCAACGGAAACUGCGAGACGCGACGACGACAGGUCGGAGGGUGUCUCGACGCGCACAGACGUCGACUCAGAGUAGUAGUAGCUGCUGUUGUUGUUCUUGAAUGUUGGACGCAACAUCG